GUCGUCCGUUGUCUUCGGUCCUCGUUGUCGUCGUCGUGACUGUCCUCGGACUGCAUCGACAUCACCUGACCACUUCGACCUCCAUCUCCAUCUCGACUUUACCCGGUCUCUCCUAUAUCCCCUCUUUCUCUUCUCCUUCCUCCUCGUCGCCUUUCCUCCUCGCUUCCCUCCUCCCCACCGUUCGCAUAGACUCUGGCAGACAUGGGACAGUGGACGGCAGAGUACCAUGACACCGUCCUAGGCUCCAAGAUGCGCAGCCUCGUCUCGGGCGCUAUAAAGCGGGGCAGGCUUGAGAAGACCAAUCCCUCGAUAUCCUACGAGGCCUUUGUCCGGGACCUCGACAAAGGCGACUCGUUCACUACCUCGUUGAUUGAGAUCCUCGUCAAGGAAUACGCCGAACGCCUCUCCCGCCCAUCCAGCAUCGAGCGCGGCCUCGUCUCAUACACCACCCAACGUGCCCUCCGCCGCCUCUCGACCGUCGCAGCCGUAUACCACGACGCGCCCCCGUCGCGCGUCCCCGCCGCUGCCGCCGCGCUCCAUGCCGCGCGCAGAGCGGGCCACGCAGCGCGCGCGGUGAACGCCGUGCUCGAUCCGACGGAGUACCUCAGCGCGCCGCCGAGCGAGCUCGAGCUCGAGGACGAGGGGAGCAGCGGGUCUGCGCCGGGUGCGGGGAUUGGCGCAGGAAUGCGGAUAGGGUCGGGCUUGAGAGCGGUGGGCAUGGGGUCGGGGCUGGGCGGUAUGGUGCCGGGCUUGUCGCGCGCGCGUGCGCCGGGUCCGGGUCCGGGUCCGGGCGCGGGAGAGGACGAGGAAGACGAGGAGCUGCUCGCGCAUGUGCAUCCGCUUGCGCCGUGGGCGGACGAUGUGAACGCUGCUGCGGCGCUUGCGAUGGGCGAUCUGCCGGAGACGUUUGGAUCGUACGAUGCGCUCUCGCUUGGCCCUCGUGCUGCUGAUGGGACUGGCGCGGAGGGCGCAGCGAUUCCGACGUCGUCUCUCAGCGGCGCUGGGUGGCCGCAUGCUCCUCUCACCGCAUCAACGUCUACUAGCUCGUCGUCGUCGCCGUCUAUACCCGGGACAUCAGGAGGGUGGAACCGGAUGAUCGGCGGACGGCGCCUACCGCCUGCGAUAUCCGCAUUCGACCGCGAGCGUGGUCGCGAGCUGCCCGAGCCGCUGCCGCCGCUGCCGCCGCUCGUCUACCCGUCGGCGCGCGGGUCGUCAUCCUCCUCUGCGAGCAGACGCACUCCUUCGGGUCUCGCAGGCAACGGACGAGACCUCCCGUCCGCGAGCAGCAUCCUGCACUCGUCGCUCUCGAGACAGCGCCAUCCGUAUCCGGCCGCGGUGAGGCGCGCGUCGCACCAUGUCCACCCUUCAUCUUCUUCGCAGCGCAGUGGGUAUGGGUAUGGGGGUGCUGGUUCAACCUCAGACUCAGGGACAGGCGCAGGGACAGGCGCUGGGGCAGGGACAGAGACAGGCGCAGGUGCGAACAGAGUCGACGAUUUCUCCGAGUUCACAUCCCGCCGGCGCACAGCGACGCGCGUCCUCCCGCCCUACCCGCACCCGCCCCACCACCCGCACACACACGCCGCCCCGCCCCGCAGGCCGAGCCGCUCCGGUGCAGACCCAUCAACAUCGACAGCUCCAGGCGCCGCUGCCGAUGCGGAUGCGGAUGCGGAUGCGGGUCCAUCAGCCUCGGCAAUGGCGCCGGACAACCUCGACGCAGACGGCGACCCCAUUCUCCCCUCUGCCGAAGCCGAAGUCACCGACGCCGCAGACGCCACUGAGCCCAUCGAGAUCCCCGCGCACUGGGCCGCCCUGCACGGUCUCCGCGGCGGCCCGUCCGCGCGCCGGUUCUUCCCCCGGACGACGGGAUCCCCGUCCAUCGCGGCUCCCAGGCCCGCCCUCGUAGGAGCACCACCAUCCAUACCCACCCCGCCCGCAUCGGGCUCCGACGCCGACACAGACGACACAUCCGUCGCCGGCACUAGCGCUGAGCCAGGCACAGGCGUCCGAACAGGCGGCACAGCAGACGAAUACUUCUUCCCCGCGCCUACACCCUCGGAGACUGCUAUCGUCGAGGCGGAGGCCGACGAUGACACACCACCCCAGCUGCAGGCGCCCCGUCUCCGCAGAGGCGGCCUCCGCUCACCAGAGAGCAUGCGCCUGCUCGCUGCCGCAUCUGCCGCCGCCGCCGCGGACGCAGACGCAGUCGCAAGAGCGUCACGCUCGGUGUCGUUCUCGCCCGAGCCGGCACCCUAAAAUAAAACCGCAUGCAUAGCAUGUACCCGCCCUCGCAUGGCGCCCAUUCUGCAUCAUCCCCCUAUGCCGCUCGUUUUGCCAUAGCGUUGUCGUGAUUAGACACGACCGCCGGUAUCUCGUUCGCUUGCUCGCUCGCUUGUUUCUCUUUUCGUGUUAUAACCCAUAAUCAUUCAUAUCACAUACGUACAUACAUGCAUCCACCCAUCGCCCCGGUCGUAUCUUCUGUACGAUGC